AUGACUCCACUAAUGUUUGCAGUAAAGGACAAUCGAACAUCGUUUGUGGAGCGGCUUAUAGAAUUAGGAUCUGAUGUUGGUGCUAGGAACAAUGAUAACUACAAUGUUCUUCACAUAUCGGCAAUGUACUCGAGGGAAGACAUCGUCAAAUUACUGUUGUCUAAAAGAGGCGUGGAUCCAUUUGCUACGGGAGGUAGUCGGCAACAAACAGCAGUUCACUUGGUGUCAAGCAGACAGACAGGCACGGCAACAUCUAUUCUUCGAGCUUUACUUACAGCAGCUGGAAAGGAUAUUCGACUGAGACCUGAUGGAAGAGGUAAAAUCCCGCUGCUCUUGUCCGUGGAGGCCGGCAACCAGAGCAUGGUUCGAGAACUCCUAAGUGCGCAGACGGCUGAACAGUUGAAGUCAUCAACACCAGCUGGUGACACAGCACUGCAUUUGGCCGCAAGACGGCGUGAUGUUGAUAUGGCUCGUAUUUUGGUGGACUAUGGGGCCCUAGUCGAUGCAGUCAAUGGUGCCGGUCAGACAUCGUUGCAUAUAGCUGCUGCUGAAGGAGAUGAUGCUCUAGUCAAAUACUUCUACGGCGUUCGGGCGAAUGCUGCUAUUGCGGAUAACGAAGAUCGGACACCGAUGCAUCUAGCUGCGGAAAAUGGUCACGCGGCUAUCAUAGAACUUUUAGCGGAUAAAUUCAAAGCCUCGAUAUUCGAGAGAACGAAAGAUGGAAGUACUUUGAUGCACAUCGCGUCUCUCAAUGGACACGCCGACUGUGCAAUGAUGCUUUUCAAAAAAGGAGUUUAUCUACAUAUGCCAAAUAAGGAUGGAGCUAGGAGCAUUCACACCGCAGCAAGAUACGGCCACGUUGGCAUUAUAAACACGUUACUACAAAAAGGGGAGAGUGUGGACGUUACUACUAACGAUAACUACACCGCACUUCAUAUAGCAGUAGAGUCAUGUAAGCCGGCUGUCGUUGAGACGCUGUUGGGAUUUGGUGCUGAUGUCCACAUUCGUGGUGGAAAACAAAGAGAGACUCCUCUUCACAUCGCUGCUAGGAUACCUGAUGGUGACAAAUGUGCACUGAUGCUGCUAAAGUCUGGAGCAGGACCAAAUAAAGCGACAGAAGAUGGUAUGACACCGGUACACGUAGCAGCGCGGCACGGCAACCUCACUACGCUUGUGCUUUUAUUGGAAGAUGGGGGUGACCCUUUAAGAAAAACAAAGAGCGGCGAGACACCUCUUCACAUGGCGUGUAGAAGUUGCAAACCAGAUAUCGUUCGGCAUUUAAUAGGAUUCGUAAAAGAACAUAAAGGAGAAAAAAUUGCCACUAUGUACAUUGACUCAGUUGAUGAAGAUGGUGCGAGUGCCUUACAUUUCGCGGGACAAAUAACUAAAGAGGAAGUAAAAGUUCCUUCAGCUGACCGAGAGGUCGUCAAAUGCUUGAUGGAAAAUGGAGCUGAUGUUUCCUUACAAACAAGACAUAACCAAGAAACAGCAUUUCAUUUCUGUGCAAUCGCGGGAAAUAAUGACGUACUUACUGAAAUGAUAACCGAUAUGUCAACGGCCGAUGUCAGUAGAGCUCUAAAUAAACAAAAUUCAAUCGGGUGGACGCCAUUAUUAAUUGCUUGCAAUAGGGGACACAUGGAACUAGUCAAUACAUUACUAACAAAUCAUGCAAGAGUGGAUGUAUUUGAUGUUGAAGGCAGAUCAGCCUUGCAUUUAGCUGCUGAACAUGGUUAUCUACAAGUUUGUGAUGCGUUACUUACCAAUAAGGCAUUUAUUAACUCAAAGGCGAGAAAUGGGCGAACCGCCUUGCAUUUAGCGGCAAUGAAUGGCUUCGCCCAUUUAGUGAAGUUUUUGAUCAGGGAUCACAACGCUGUAAUAGAUGUAUUGACUUUAAAGAAACAAACACCUUUGCACUUAGCGGCCGCAAGUGGUCAAAUUGAAGUCUGCAAGCUUUUACUUGAACUCGGUGCCAAUAUUGACGCAACCGACGAAUUGGGUCAGAAGCCUAUACAUGCAGCCGCUCAAAAUAAUUAUUCAGAAGUGGUUCAACUAUUCCUCCAACAACAUCCAAAUCUAGUGAUGGCAACGACAAGAGAUGGUAAUACUUGUGCUCACAUAGCGGCGAUUCAGGGUUCAGUGAAAGUGAUUGAAGAAUUGAUGAAAUUUGAUAGAACUGGGGUCAUAUCAGCGCGGAAUAAAUUGAAUGAUUCCACACCGUUGCAAUUGGCCGCGGAAGGUGGUCACGCAGAUGUUGUAAGAGUAUUAGUAAGGGCUGGAGCCUCUUGUACCGAUGAGAAUAGAGCUGGCUUAACUGCUGUGCACUUAGCGGCUGAACAUGGUCAUACCAACGUAUUAGACGUCAUGAGAUCAACUAAUACUUUAAGGAUAUCAAGUAAAAAGUUAGGUUUAACACCUCUUCACAUAGCCGCCUAUUAUGGACAGGCAGAAACGGUGCGAGAACUGUUAUCUCAUGUACCCGGGACUGUAAAGUCGGAUGCUCCUACAGGAGUAUCGUUAGUCCCAAUUUUGGGGGCAGAAUCUGGUUUGACCCCUUUGCACUUGGCUGCAUAUAAUGGGAAUGAAAAUGUUGUGAGAUUGCUACUCAACUCUGCAGGUGUGCAAGUAGAUGCCGCUACUAAUGAAAAUGGCUAUAAUCCCUUGCAUCUAGCAUGUUUUGGUGGACACAUGUCAAUUGUCGGGCUUUUGCUCAGUAGAUCGGCAGAAUUACUUCAGAGUACAGACAGACAUGGGAAGACUGGUUUACAUAUAGCAUCAACACAUGGUCAUUACCAAAUGGUUGAAGUUCUACUCGGUCAAGGGGCUGAAAUUAAUGCGACUGAUAAAAAUGGCUGGACACCCUUACAUUGCGCAGCAAAAGCGGGAUAUUUGAACGUUGUCAAGCUUUUGUGUGAGUCUGGAGCGUCACCAAAGAGUGAAACGAAUCUUAACUGUGCCCCUAUAUGGUUUGCGGCUUCGGAGAAUCAUAAUGACGUACUAGAAUACUUACUUCACAAAGAACAUGACACGCAGUCUUUGAUGGAUGAUAAGAAAUUUAUUUACAAUCUAAUGGUCUGCUCCAAAAACCACAAUAAUAUACCGAUUGAAGAGUUUGUUUUAGUAUCGCCAGCACCUGUUGAUACUGCAGCAAAGUUAUCUAAUCUUUAUAUUAAUUUGUCUACCAAGGAGAAAGAGCGUGCCAAAGACCUAAUAGCUGCUGGAAAGCAAUGCGAGGCAAUGGCGACUGAAUUGUUGGCCUUAGCGGCCGGUGCUGAUUCUGCGGGUCAUAUUCUAACAGCCACUGAUAAUAGGAAUAUUGAAUUUCUAGACGUUCUAAUUGAGAACGAGCAAAAGGAAGUCAUAGCACACACGGUCGUCCAGAGAUAUCUCCAGGAACUGUGGAGAGGAAGUCUUAAAUGGACGGGCAUCAAAAUAAUGUUCCUUUUCUUUAUUUUUAUAGUUUGUCCGCCAGUGUGGCUAAUCUUUUCCCUUCCAUUAGGUCAUAAAUAUAAUAAGAUACCUAUAAUAAAAUUUAUGUCGUAUUUAACGUCUCAUAUCUACCUUAUGAUAUUGUUAGCUUUAGUCGCCAUAACGCCAAUUUAUAAUUCAAUAUUUAGGGAAAGUUUAGUUCCAAGAUGGUAUGAGUGGAUUCUACUUAUCUGGCUAAGUGGUCUUCUAUUAUUCGAACUUACGAACCCCAGUGAUAAAUCAGGUUUAGGUUGGAUAAAAAUUGCAGUAUUAUUAUUAGGGAUGGUGGGUGUUGCGACCCAUGUGGUCGGCUGGAUAUUCGUUUUACCCAAGUAUUGGCCGACACUCAUGUACUGUAGAAAUCAAUUUUUCGCUCUGUCAUUUCUUUUAGCUUGUGUACAAAUUUUAGACUUUUUAUCCUUCCACCACUUGUUCGGUCCGUGGGCCAUCAUCAUAGGUGACCUUAUGAAAGAUUUAGGUAGAUUCCUCGCAGUAUUAGCCAUAUUCGUAUUCGGAUUUUCAAUGCACAUAGUCGCAUUGAACCAGCCUUUCAGAAAUAUUAAUAAGCCUGAAGAUAAUAAAUACGCUAGAACAGCAAGGAGAAAACUAUUUUCCGACGAUAGUCUCCGAACGAAAAGACAGGCAUGGACAGCCUCAGGGGAAUCAUAUCGACGAAAACAAGGUCCAGUGGGACCGACAUUGUCACCCAUCGAGGCGGUGGAGAAAUUGUUCUUUGCCCUAUUUGGGCAGACCACUCUGUCUGACUUGAACUACAUAACGAGUGUGCGACCUCUCUGGACCCAAAACCUGUUCAAGUUUGUCUUCGGUGGCUACUUGUUGAUGUCGGUGGUGGUGCUCAUAACGCUCCUCAUUGCGAUGAUGUCGGACACUUAUCAGCGGAUACAGCUUCUUUUCUUCGCGGUGUUUGGGCAAACGACCACAGAGCAGACGAGGGUGCAUCGUAAUGAUAGCAACACCCAACCGCAAUGGACAAAUUAUUUAUUCAAAAUAGUAUUCGGGAUAUAUAUGCUGGUGUCAGUUGUAGUGCUAAUCAACUUGCUGAUUGCUAUGAUGUCAGAUACAUACCAACGAAUACAGGCGCAAUCAGAUAUCGAGUGGAAGUAUGGAUUGUCUAAACUAAUCCGAAACAUGCAUCGGACGAAUACGGCUCCAUCACCGCUCAAUCUAGUCACGACGUGGCUUAUGUGGCUGAUACAUCGAUGUCGGGAACGUUUAUCGAAAAAGAAACGACCCAGUCUAGUGCACAUGGUAGGACUGCAAAGACAAGACCAGAUGAGCGCGAGGUCAAAGGCCGGUGCCAAAUGGCUCUCGAAAGUUAAGCGUGGCCAAGUUGUUCCAAAAGAUUCAACUCGACUUUCCGUCGUCCACCUUAGUCCACUCGGCUCUCAGCUAAGCUUCAAUAACAUGACAAGGAUAGAGAAUGUAGUAGACUGGGAGAUAAUAGCGAAGAAGUACAGGGCGUUGACAAGGGAUGAGCCGGAGGAACCACUUGCUAAGGACAGUGAUACAGAUACAGCCGAAAGCGAGUCGGAAAUCGUACCGAAUAAUAUAGCGGCCGUUCCUCCUUGA